AUGGCAGCAUCUUCACUAAGUAUCACCGACGACUUGGGAGCACAGUUAACUUGUGCUAUUUGUAAUAACAUCUUUACUGAUCCAAGAGCACUACAGUGUCUACAUACUUUCUGCUUCACCUGCAUCAAAAGAUGGAACGAGGCCUGCGAGAAAGAAUGCAAGAGGCUGAGAUGCCCAACUUACAGAAUAGUCGUGAAAAUCGAAGGAGGUGACAUCUCGAAGCUUCCCUCUUCAUUUCAGUCCAACUCGCUUCUUCAGCUAUACCAAAAGUGUAUCGCAAAAUCGCACAGUAGCCAUGGCAAGGUAAAGACUGAGAAAUUAACAGAAGAUGCUAAAAAGCUUAUCAGGGAAGACAUGAAUCGCUUGAAUGAGCUUAUUACUAAAUACAAGAAAGAACUGGAACUAUCCGACGAGAAUAUGAGUAGAAUUCAAAGCGAGACUGACACAGAAAAGGCAAAAGUACGAAAUAACACACGUCCAUUGAUGAAAAUAUUACAAGAUCACGAAGACGCAACGAUUGCUUCCUUGGAAAAAAACCUUGUUGAACAACGAAGGGAUAACGAGGACGAGAAAAGUGAAGUCAACGCACAUAUCCAACAAGUCGCUGAAUUGAAACAUCAGUGUGAAAAACUCUUGUCUGAAAACAAUAUUCGAUCCGAAGACUAUGAGAAUUUACAAGUAAUUUGUAAAGCUAUCUUACAAAACAAAUCCAUCUUAUCGACCAAACCUGUCAAGCGCAACUCCAGCCUGUGUUACAAACCCAACCCGGAAGGGAUUUCUUUUAUGGAAAAUCUGAAGUUCGGUGAGGUGGUGGAAAGCGUGACAGACCCGUCACGUUGUUCUAUCGAGUCUGUAAGUAACAUCAGAUGUGGUUUUAUCAACGAGUUUAAAAUCGUGACAAGAAAUUCAGAAGGGAAUGUCUGCUAUACCAAUAAAGGCUCAAUUGAUGUACAAAUUCAAGAUGUUGACGGCGACGAUGUACAGAAAGAACUGACCGAGACUGAAACUGGCAGAUUCACAGUGAAAUAUAGAGCAGAGAAACCUUCACCGUACAAAGUUGUAGUGAGUAUUGGAGGAGAAGAGAUCAAAAACUCACCACAGAACAUUGAGACAAUCGAUGCUAGAGUAGAGUUGAAACCCUUGAGAUUAAUUGAUCUAAAAGAGUUGUUCAGUCCUUUUUCACUUGCUGUAAGUGAGAGAGGAGACAUAGCUGUGGUUAAUAAUGAUUUGAAAAGCGAUUUCCGUGUUUUGCUGUUCAAUGAUGAUGAUGGACAGUAUGUUCGAGAGAUUGGUGGUGCAGGAUCUGUAGAAAGNCUAUGA